AAAAAUAAAAAUGAUUGAAGUGGAGUGCCACCAAACUAUAGUGUAACACAAUCUUUGCCGCUCGAAAUCAGUAAAAAUGACGGGGAAUUAUCAGCAACAGCAAAAGUUAGUUCAAACUUCUCCACAGGCUGAUGAUGAAUUUGAGUUAGUUAUGGAGCUUUCUGAAAAAGAUGUGCUCUUUGAGAAAAAGAAGAAACUGCUAGAAACCAAAGGGUUUGACCCAAAUGGAAAAGUUUUAAUCAAGAGCACUUGUAGUGCAGAGUUGGUGAAUUCCAUAUUGGAAGAGAUGCUUCAGAGAGCAAGAAUAAUAAAUUCUGAUGAGGUUGAUCUUUACUUUGGAUGGAUUGAUGAGCUUCAUCCAGUCGGGUUUUGCAGCCCGAGGAAUGAAUUAGAGUCUCUUCAUUCAAUCUUAUCACUUGUCGAUAAGUCAACAUCAGGUGGUCAAACAAUACUACCAAAAGUCUUCCAAGAUCUUAGGAAUGCAACUCUACGGUUGAUCCACGUAUUCGGGAAUAAUACUAGAGAGGACAUGAAUAUUCUUACCGGCUGGAACUUAGACAAGGAGAAAUGUUUACUACAGUGGGGUGAAAAAAAUGGUGUUAUGACUAGACUAGAUAUAGUUUAUAUUGAAGGAGCUGGAAGGGGAGCCAUAGCUCGAGAAGAUCUUGAUGUUGGAGAUAUUGCUUUGGAAAUUUCUGUGUCUAGCAUUAUUUCAGAGGACCUUGUUCAUAAAACAAGUAUGUUUCCAAUAUUAGAGAAAGUUGAGGGUAUGUCUUCUGAGACAAUGUUAUUAUUGUGGAGUAUGAAGGAGAAGCAUGAUAUCAACUCGAAGUUUAAGAUUUACUUCGAUGCUUUGCCAAAAGCAUUUAAUACAGGGUUAAGCUUUGGGAUUGAGGCAGUCAUGGCCUUAGAUGAAACACUGUUGCUAGAAGAGAUUGUUCAAGCAAAGGAGCACUUGCGAUCUCAAUAUGAUGCUUUGGUUUCGUUGUUAUGCAAAGAUUAUCCCGACAUAUUUCCUCCAGAGCUGUACACGUGGGACGAAUUCUUAUGGGCUUGUGAACUAUGGUACUCAAAUAGCAUGAAAGUGAUGUUUAGUGAUGGGAAGCUACGGACAUGCCUAAUUCCCAUUGCAGGCUUCCUCAAUCAUUCGAUAUCUCCACACAUAAUGAAUUACGGGCGGGUAGAUAGUACUACAGAGUCUUUAAAGUUUCCACUUUCAAGAACUUGCCAGAAAGGAGAACAGUGCUAUCUUAGCUAUGGGAAUUUGUCUAGUUCUCAUUUAAUUAGUUUCUAUGGUUUUUUACCUAAAGGAGACAACGCCUAUGAUGUCAUUCUGCUUGAUAUUGAUCUUUCCCAGGUUGAUAGCACAGAAGACAUGUCGUCAAUCUCUAAUUGGUCAACUCAUAUGGUGCGUGGUACAUGGCUCUCAGAUAACCGUGGAAUCUUCCAUUAUGGGUUACCACCUCCUUUGUUAGAACACCUCCGUCAAGCUCGUGGUUUGAUGUUGAAGUCAAAUAUUAUUGCACAAGAAAACUUGGAAGUUGAAUUAGAAAUUCUUGAAGACCUUCAAUCGACAUUUGAUGCCAUGAUGCAAAACUUGGGCGAGACAGAACCAUUAGUCAGUGAAAAGUUUGAUUGGGAUGUUAAGUUAGCAUUGGAUUUCAAGAACUUGCAAAGACGGAUCAUUUCAUCAAUUGUAAAUUCUUGUGAUACUGGUCGACAGUUGGUCCAAAGGGAGUUGCAGAAGUGCACCAACAGUGGUUAGUUCAUGAUUUGGCAUUUAUGGGCGUACGCUGUUGACAUAGAGCUCUCAACUGCGGUUGCCACCUACCCAGAAUACAUCUCAUGGUUGAAGACAUCUCUCUGUUUAAACAGGCGUUUUCAUAGAAUCAUCCUCCAAUCAUAUACUGAUGCAAGCGGCAUUCGACAGCAAUAUCAGUUUUGAAAUUGGAAAAGAAGGUAGUUGUAUCAUUUUAUUUUCAUUAAUGUUGGAGACGUAAAAUGCUUCUACGCAAUCCUAGCCUGCAAGUUUAUGAUGUUUUUGUGCUACCUUCAUAUCGUUUUAACAUUAGAAGUAUGGAGCUUGUUUUUUGUUGCUUGUUAACCAUAUUGCCUGCUGCAUACAACAUGGUAUGUAAGUCAGUUUGAGUUAAAAUUUUUAUAAACAAUAAUAAAGAAGUGGCAAAAUUAGUACACGGA